CGUUGUACGCAACAAAUUAAAUUAAAACUAAAAACGCCUCUAUUAAGUCAAAAUCUUACUCCUUAAUCCCUCUAACCCUUUCUCUCCUCCGAUUUUGUGCGCAUUUCCACAAAAUUUGUGUGAUUUUUUUCUCUCUCACACGUUUGUUCGCUUCUUCUAGAGCUUAAUUUCACGCAUUCAAUCGAUUUUUUGUUCAAAUUUGUAGUUUUUUUUUGUCUUUUUUUUUUUUUUUUUUUUUUUUUUUUGCUGUUUUUGGUCGCUGGGCAUGUGCAAACACAUGUCAAAAUCUCUUUUUUUAUCCUUUUUCGAGGUGAUUGGAUCGAAAUAGGAGGUGCCCAGUUGGGGAAAUUGGUUUCUGAUGCCCCUUUGGAUCUAAAAAUCCUUUUUUUUAAAAGCUUAAAUCUGUGUUUUUGUGCGAGAUUUGAGCUUUUCAUGUAGGGCCAAGUUCAAUGUUAGGGUUUUCACCAAGUUUUUCCUAAUAGGGUUUGGUAAAAUCCCAUUAAAACCAUGAAAAAUCUCAUCUUUUGUACAUAGAUUCAAAGUUCACUCCUUGAUCCGCACCAAAAUGGCGCCACAUCUUUCUCCCCCAGUUUGCGGGGAUAAGGAGUGCUUUGAGGAGGCAAUAAUGCUCUCCGAGGAGUCUCCGAAGGCGAAAGAAGCUCCAGAAGAGGAGUACAAGGAGCCAAAUUGGUCCCCCUCGCAUUGGUUCAAAAUGCUUGCUGAGGAACUGCAUUGGAGCUUUGUGUUUGGGGUGGUCACGGUUUAUGGCAUUAGCCAGGGUUUCGGGGGCGGCGUGUCGAGAGUGGCGUCGGAUUACUACUGGAAGGAUGUUCAGAGGGUGCAGCCGUCGGCCGCGCAGGUGUAUCAGGGGAUCACCAACAUUCCCUGGAUCAUUAAGCCUGUUUGGGGCAUCCUCACCGAUGUUCUGCCCGUGGCCGGAUACAAGAGGCGCCCGUAUUUCAUUUUCGCAGGUCUUUUGGGGGUCGUUUCUAUGCUUACGCUCUCUCUACACGACAAACUGCACGUCGUGUUCGCGGUGGUGGCGAUGACCGCAGGAAGCGCGGGCGUGGCAAUAGCUGACGUCACGAUCGACGCAUGCGUCGCGCAAAACAGCAUAACUCAUUCUUCUCUCGCUUCCGACAUGCAAAGCUUAUGCGGCUUGAGUUCGUCUAUAGGAGGCCUCUUAGGAUUCGCCAUAAGCGGCCUUCUUGUUCAUGCUAUUGGUUCGCAGGGAGUGCUCGGAUUACUGAGUAUACCGUCUGCAUUGGUUCUUACAGUCGGAAUACUACUGAAGGAAACUCACAUCCCAAACUUCGCCUACGAGCAGGUCUACCAAAAGUUUCUCCAAGCAAGCCAAACUAUGUGGGCGACGUUAAAAUGCGCCGAGGUGUGGAGGCCGUGCGCUUAUAUGUUUGUAUCUCUUGCGCUGAGCUUGAACAUCCAAGAAGGGAUGUUCUAUUGGUACACCGACACGACUUCGGGACUAUCUUUUUCCGAGGAAUCGAUUGGCUUAAUCUUUUCGAUUGGUUCGGUGGGUUCGCUACUAGCUGUUAUACUCUAUCAAAACUCACUCAAGGACUACCCUUUUCGCGGCUUGCUAUUCUGGAGCCAAAUACUCUCGAGCGUAUCUGGAAUGCUCGAUCUCAUUCUGAUACUUCGCUUAAACUUGAAACUCGGGAUCUCGAAUUACUUCUUUGCGGUGAUCGAUGAGGGCGUAUCUCGAUUGGUCGGCCAGCUUAAGUGGAUGCCACUUUUAGUACUUAGCUCCAAGCUUUGUCCAACGGGAAUCGAGGGUACUUUUUUCGCGUUUCUUAUGUCUGUCGACAACGCCGGUUUGCUUACUUCUUCUUGGGGUGGUGGGCUUCUGCUUCAGAUGCUGAAGGUCACGAGGACGGAAUUUAGGAACUUAUGGGUCGCAAUUUUGGUUCGGAACAUAAUGAGAUUAUUGCCGCUGAGUUUACUAUUUUUAGUGCCUACAAGUAACCAAAAUUCUACUAUACUUCCUAUGGAGAUGCUUAAGGAAAAUUGCAUUAUUAUUAGUAAUGAAGCUCUUGAUGAAGGAGGAGGAGAUGGUAUCGAACUUGCCUCGCUCGUCGACAAAAGCUAUUCUUGUGUUCUUCCUGCCAAAGCGCUUAUCGAAAAUGAGAAAAUUGAAGUUCCUGAAUCAGAUGUAGAUGACGGCGAGCUUGCCAAACUUAUUGAAAAGAGUUGAGGACACGAAGAAAUAUAAUUUAGAUUUUAGUUUUAAAAUUCUGUUUGUUUUUUUUUCUUUUUCUUCUCUUUUACUGGAUUAAUUGUUUUAGUUCCAUUGUAAACUGUGAAGAUAAUGCUUCUCCCAUUGUCUUCAUAUAGUGGUAAAAUUCUUACGAUAUCAACAUUUAAUGACAAAUUAUUGAUUCUUUUUGUUUUC